AUGGACGCAACCCUUGAAGAGUUGCGAACUGGGCUAGAUGCCGGCUACUUCACCAGCCUUCAGCUUGUUCAAGCCUAUACUCGUCGAAUCCAGCAAGUCAAUCCUCUAUUGGAGGCUGUCACGCAAAUCAACCCUGACGCCCAUGUGAUUGCCAUUCAACUUGAUAAUGAAAGGGAUCAGAUGAGGAACCGUUCUCAACUCUCCAAGCUCGGCCCCCUACAUGGCAUUCCAAUCUUGAUCAAAAACACCUUUGCAACAGACGACAAUAUGCCAACCACCAGUUUGCAUGGUGUAGUGGGAAGCCGCGUUCCCGAAGACAGCACGGUAGUACACAAGCUGCGUGACGCUGGAGCUAUUAUCCUUGGGAAAACAAAGACCCAGUGGUCUGCCAUCCGCGACGACAGCUAUGAAAACACUGUAGAGAAAUGGACUCAUCGCGGAAGCCGCACCAGAGGCGCAUAUUUUGAGGGACAAGUCCCAAAGGGCUCUUGCGGUGGUUGCGCAGUGGGAGCUUCAAUAGGCCUUGCGUGGGCAUCUGUGGCCACCGAUACUGACGGCUCCAUCACCAUGCCAGCAAGCCAGAGCAAUGUGGUCGGCUUCAAACCGACGGUUGGACUGACGUCGCGGCAUCUGGCGAUUCCUCGGGCGUUGAGACAGGAGUUGACCGACACGCUGAGACUUGAAUCAGUUGGUACGAUGGCCCGAACCGUCAAAGACGCGGCGUAUUUGAUGAAAGCCAUCAUGGGGCGAGAUCGGAAGGAUCCGUACACGGCCCGAAUCCCCUUUGAUAUCUAUCCCAAUUACGUGGCAGCAUGCAGAGAAGACGGCCUGCAAGGAAUGAGAAUCGGCUUCUUGCGAUCGCUGGCAUGGUUUUUCCAAAUCUGCACCUACGAUUUGUCCGUAGAUAAAUUCAACCAGGCCUUGGAUAUGAUGCGCAAUGCCGAAGCCACAAUAGUCGACGGCAUCAUGCUUAAUGGAGCUGUUAAUACGGACUCUGAUAGCGCUCUUCGUCGUUGUGCCCUUGAUUUCUCGCUCGAAUUUCCCAGGCAUCUUUGCCAUUUGGAAAAGACACCGAGGAACAUGUAUUCAGCGAUAGAUUCGCGUGGCUUUACUCGAAAGGAACCAAAUGACUCAGAUGCCCGUUGCCAAACAAAUGCUUGCAAGGAAGCCCCCGAGAUGGAAAAGGGCGAGACGCCGACAAGCCAAGAGGUGCCUGGGCAUGAGCAGGGAUACUUGGACGACUUGGGCCUUUUGGCUGCUUUCAAGAAAAAUGAGCUUGACGCUCUUGCUACAUGGCCGCACAUAGCUGCCACACUCUGUUCGCGGAUGGGCAAUAUUUGUGCAAUCACGGUCCCCUAUGAAAAGCUGGGGCCGGAAAGACCCAUCAUUGCUAGCGAUGACGGCUUCAUUGAUUCGGCCCCCAAUAAGCCCUAUGGGAUUUCCUUCAUCAGCACCAGCUUUCAGGAAGAAAAGCUGUUCAAAAUAGCCUACGCCUUUGAGCAGCUGACUCAAGCACGCAGCAAAGUUCGUCCAAUCGUCGUCCCGAGGACUGAGCUGGCAGAUUUAUUGGUUCGCCGCAGUUGAUGGGUUUUUGCUUCGCAAAUCAACUGUCAAGAGGAGUAUUGGAUGGAUAUGGAGUGCUAUGUUUGGGCUUUGACGAAUACCUGUUUUCGCAUUUUCGCCUGGCAGAGAAGAUGUACUCGUUGGUUGUGGCGGAACACGAGGAACCUGUGUGCUGAGAAUUGUUGGAAACGAUUUGGCAACUAUUAGUGUGCGAGUAUAUGCAGCGCAAGAUUGAUGAUAUUGCUUGAUAUACUCGGAAACAUGGAGAAUGAGUCGAGAGUUGUAUUUAUUUGGCUCCGAUUCUCGUUCGUAGGGUAGCAGGGUUUGGGUGGAGUUUAGUCGCGAUUGUGCUCAUCAGCUGUUAAUAGUAUAUGUGAAUAGAUUUUGUCUGGU